AUGGCGCUUCGCCAUGGAUUGGUUCGACGCGCGGUCGAACGCGCGCGCGGCGUCGACGUGAGGCCGCGGAGCGCGCGCGCGCGCGGAAAGCACGCGCGUGUGGUCGUCACGAAUGCCGCGAACGGGACGGGCGACGCGGGGGGGGGGCGAGACGCGCCGGGGAUGACUUCGGGACGGCGGCGCGGCGCGCGCGCGCCGUUCGCGCCCUCGGGCGACCAGCCGAGCGCGAUUGAGAAGUGUGCGGCGCUGUUGAGGGAUGGUGAUAGGAAGUACGUCUGUCUGAGAGGGGCCACGGGCACUGGGAAGACGUUCGUCGUGGCGAACGUGCUGGCGGGGAUGGAUAAACCGGCGCUGGUGGUCGUUCCGAAUAAGACGCUCGCGGCUCAAGUCGCGCGCGAGUUGAGAGCGUAUCUGGGCGAGACGCAUCGCGUCGAGCUCUUCGUCAGUCAUUUCUCGGUGUACGUUCCUGAGAGUUACAGCAACGGGAGGUACACGGAGAAGCGAAGCGCGAUCGACGCGGAUCUGGACGCGUUGAGACAUCGAGCGACGCGCGCGCUCGUCGAGCCGGGAAAAACGCCUGUGAUCGUCGCGAGCGUGUCGUGUCUGUACGGUUUAGGUUUGCCAACGGAUUACGUCGAUGCGGCGCUGACGAUCGAGAUCGGAGCGGCGGCGUCGGUGCAUGGCAUUCGCGGCUUGGAGAGUAAGCUCAGGGACGAUUUGCUGUACGAACGCGUCAUGCCGUACAUGGAGGUCGAGCGCGGUCAGUUUAAAACCAGCCCGGCGCCGGACGACGAGAACUGUUUCACGGUUGAAAUUUGGCCGCCGUAUUUAGAGAGUGCUCUGGAGCUUCGCGUCCGAGAGAACGACGGCACGGUCGUCUCGUGCCAGUCACGAGGUUGUUCGAUGCACAGUCUCACGAUUUGGCCUCGCGUACACUACAUCACUCCGGCGGAGCGUUUGCAGCGCGCCUUGGUGUCGAUUCAGAACGAGUUGGAGGAGCAAUCAAAAAUGCUUCGCGGUGAGGGGUUCGCGAUCGAAGCCGAUAGAUUGGAACAGAGGACGAAUGCGGAUCUGCAGCUACUGCGAGAGCUCGGUUGGUGCCCAGGCGCGGAGCACUACAGUCGACACUUGCGAGGGGCCAGGCCCGAGGAGCCGCCGGUGACGCUUUUAGAUUACUUUUCAUACUCCGCGGACGGUUCGAAGCAGAAGCGAGAUUGGAUUCUGGUUGCUGAUGAAUCACACGUUAUGUUGCCCCAGCUCAGGGCGAUGCACGGCGGAGACAGAAGUCGAAAGCUCUCCCUCGUCGCUGCGGGAUACCGUUUACCUUCGGCGUUGGAUAAUCGUCCGCUCAUGAGCGAAGAGUUUUGGGAGCGCGUUCCUCAAGCACUGCUCGUCAGCGCGACUCCGGGAGACAUCGAGACGUCUUGGGUGGGCGGAAAAUCGAGCGACGCCAUGGUGGACAUGGUCGUGCGACCAAGCGGCGUGCUCGAUCCACCCGUGCACAUCAUCGGCAAGGAAAAUCAGCUCGAGCAGUUGGCUCAACGAGUGUCGGAAAAGGCGAAACUCGGUGAACGUUCACUCGUGUGCGUACUCACCAAGGCCGACACGGAGGAUUUAUCCAUGUACUUGAACGCGCAAGGAGUGCGAGCGGAUUGGGUGCACAGCGAAUUGACUGCGCCGCAACGCGCGGAGAAACUAUCCAAGCUUCAACGUGGCGAAUUGGAUUGCAUCGUCGGCGCCCAGCUCCUACGAGAGGGAUUGGACCUCCCUUCCGUGUCACUCGUCGCGAUACUCGACGCAGACGUCCCGGGUUUCAUGCGAAGCGCGCGUUCUCUCAUGCAAAUGGCCGGGCGAGCCGCUCGUAACAAACAUGGCGAGUGCGUCUUGUUCGCCGAUUCCGUCACAGGGGCGAUGCGCGAUAUGAUGAGUGAAGUCGACCGAAGACGGGAGAAACAACAUCGGCACAACGUGGAGAAUAAUCUCACGCCGACCACGGCGACUUUGGGAUCGUCCACGUCAACGCUCUCGCUCUUCGAGGUGAUGGCGGAUGAGAUUACAAAAGAGAAGGAGAAAUGGGUGGUGGAGCAAUCGGUCGGGCUCACGUCUCAGAAUCGCUCUGACGUGGACGAGGAAGCCGUAGAAAAAGCUUUGCGCAGCUGGCGAAAGCGUCGCGAGGGAGGUGUUGUCCGACCCGGGCCAAAGCCUUCCGAUUCGCUAAAAAUGGAGAACAACGCCAACACGGCGGAGGGUGAGAAGCUCGUCGCAGAAACCGUCUUAGAUCGUUAUGGAAUCGAUGCUACGCACGUGGAGAGACUCAGGCGUCUACACCGCGACAUGCCUGCGAAAACUGGCGUAUAUCGUUGGCUCGACGCUGAUGGUAAGGUCCUCUACAUUGGCAAAGCGAAGAAUCUGCGAUCGCGAACAGGGCAUUACUUGUCGCCAGCUUUGAUUCAGGCUUCACCCAGGCAUCGUAAGCUUCUCGCAUCGGCGCGCACGCUCGAUGCCGUGUUGACCCCAGGCGGCGAGGCAGACGCGUUGGCGCUCGAAGCGAGAUUGAUUCAGCGUGAGCGUCCGGCUCUGAACAUUUUGCUCAAGGAUGCGCCGAAACCGGAGAGCGCACGAAUCGUUCUCACAUCGAAGAAUUCCGAUGGGCGACUCUUCAUCGCGCGGUUCCAAAACGAAUUCGAUCCCUCGAAGGUCGAGCGAGUCUGGACGCUCCCCACGCGCGAAGCCGCGAUUCGUACGAUGGCAUUCCUCGAGAGAGCUCUGGAUCUGCGUGGAGUUUCAUUUCGCUCGCGAUUCGGCGAAACCGCGGCUAUCGCGCAGUGGAAAUUUGCCGUCGACAUUGCGUCUAUGGUGCUCGACGCCAAGUACGAUGAUGCCAUAGCGAAGCUCGAGCUUCACGGUGAACUUGCCGCUGCGCUCGAAAUUCGAGUGUCCGCGCAAGAAGAGGCGGAACGAGGUCAAGGUUCUCGCGGUUCUCUCGCAGCGCUCCUUCAAGCGGAUUCAUCUGCAAAACACUGGAACAUGGACAUCAUUGCCGCUGCGAGCAGUGGUGGUGGAACGUGCGCGGUUAAAAUCGUGAAGGUGCGCGACGGCGUCAUCGUGGACGUUCUCGGCUCGAGCGUUGACGUGCCGAACGCGACGGCUGACGACGACAUCGCCGAGGCGACGCUCGCCGAAGCCGCACAGCUCGUGGCGGAGCAAAUGUACGCUAGCGAAACGUCGGAUCGUCCAGACGUCGUGUACAUUCCACAUGUCGUCGCCGAACCAGUCCAGUUGCGAGCCGCGCUGAAAUCUCUCGGCAUCGGUGGGAGUUCCAGGAGCAAAGUCUUGCAUCAUGGCUCCGCGAAGGAGGGAUCGCUUCUCCAGGCGCUCGCCGACGUGGCGUUAGAAAACGCAGACGAGUCCGCGCGCGCAACCGCGUCGAAAUCUAUUGCGGCGCUACGCUUGAAGGACGCCAUCGCGCUUUCGGCAUCGCCGAAAUCGAUCGAAGGCGUCGACGUGUCGCACCUCGCUGGUCAGAACGCAGUCACAUCCUUUGUUCGAUUCGAAGGCGGCUCGCCUGCGCCUCUGAAGCACAAACGUUACGAACUCAGCGAAGCUGUCACCCCGAGCGACGAUUACGGUGGUAUCGCUGAAUCCAUCACCGCGCGUCUCUCAUCAAAGGGCGCGCUACCGGACGUCUUGAUGAUUGACGGUGGCGCGGGCCAGCUGACGGCGGCGGCGAACGCCAUCCUCGAAGCUGGCGUCGUCAUCUCGAACAUGGUCGGCGAAGACGACCGACCGCUCGACCUGGCAAAUUCGAAGCCCCGACGCACCGUCGCUCUAUGCGCCCUGGCGAAGGGGCGAAGCUCGGGUGAAGAGGCGCUCUGGAUCCCGGCGCUCUCGCCCGCCGGCCGCUGUGUCGGCGUGCGCGUUGACGAUGCGCACGUCGACGCCCUUCGCCUCCUCCGCGCCGUUCGCGACAGCGCUCACGCCGUCGCGCUCGGCGCGCACAGAAAUUUACGCCGCGAGGAGCGCUUACGCUCCGUCGCGUCCGCUUAA